AUGAAACUCUCACGAGUAUCGCUAACGUUACUGGGCCUGGUGCCAUUGGCGUCAGGUCUAGGCCAACAGGCUAUUGUCUCUUUCAACAGCUCAGACGAUGCCUUCCAGAUCGUUGGUGGCGAUGCAGGUAAAAGCCAAAUCCGUGUAUCCGAGGACGAAUACUGGGGAGUCAUUCGUGCUGCUGGAGACCUUGCCGUUGACUUUGGACGUGUCACUGGCACAAACUUCACGCUAAGCAAUGGCAAGAAGGAUGCUUCUGCGGCUAAGUACACUUUUGAGCCUGUGGAUGUAAAGAACAACACAUAUUACCGCACUCUCGAAGAGCAGAGCUUUUCUGGUCCUGAAUACUCGGACCCAGAUGAAGCCAGCACAGCCAUUAUUGUUGGUACCAUUGGCCAUUCCAAGCUUAUUGACUCUCUUAUCGACGAUGGCCUGAUCGAUGUCAGUAAGAUUGAAGGCAAAUGGGAGUCUUUUGUCAGUCAAUUGGUCAAGAACCCCGUCAACGGUACAGCCCAGGCACUGGUUAUUGCGGGAAGUGAUCCCAGAGGAACCAUAUACGGUAUCUAUGAUGUCAGCGAACAGAUUGGUGUCAGUCCAUGGUACUGGUGGGCCGACGUCCCUGUGCGUAAACGGGACGAGAUCUAUGUUACAUCCAAGCCAAAGGUUCAAAAGUCACCUUCAGUCAAGUAUCGAGGUAUCUUCCUCAACGACGAGCAGCCAGGACUAUCUAGCUGGGUUGGAUCUCGCUGGAAGCCAACUUGGAACAAUGCUGCUCCCUACAACCAUGAAUUUUACGCUCUUGUUUCAGAAUUACUGCUUCGUCUACGAGCCAACUACCUCUGGCCAACUGUCUGGGGUAGCAUGGUCUACAUUGAUGACCCGCUCAACCAGCCACUACUUGAUGCCUACGAAAUUGUCCUUGGUGGAUCUCACACCGAGCCUAUGAUGCGGGCACAGAACGAAUUCCGCACAUUCUAUGAGGGUGAAUGGCAGUACCACACCAACAACGAGACCAUUGAUGAGUACUUCCGCUAUGGUGUCGAGAGAGCCAAGCCCUAUGCUCGAAAUAGCCUGUGGACUAUGGCAAUGAGAGGAACCGGUGAUACAGCCAUUGAAGGCAAUCUGGGAGUUGAUGGUAUCGUUGACAUGCUUGAGACACUUGUUGACAACCAGCGCGAAAUUCUUCGAAAUGGUCUGAAGGUCGACAACCUCACCGAUGUUCCCUCUUUGUGGUGUCUAUACAAGGAGGUCCAGGGCUACCAGGAGCGCGGCCUCAAGGUUCCGGAUGACAUCACCCUCCUGUGGGCAGACGAUAACUGGGGAAAUAUUCGACGAUUGCCUCUCGCCAACGAGACUGAGCGUUCUGGCGGUGCUGGUGUCUACUAUCACUUCGACUAUGUUGGUGAUCCUCGAAAUUAUAAAUGGAUCAACACAAUUCAACUCGAGAAAACCACUGAGCAAAUGACUCUGGCAUACCACAGGAAUGCCCGCCGCAUCUGGAUCGUUAACGUUGGUGAUCUCAAGCCAAAGGAAAUUCCCAUCAGCCAUUUCAUGGAUCUCGCCUACGACACAGAGCGAUGGGAGUCUGAGGGUACCACCAAGUGGGUUGAAGCAUGGGUCGAGCGAGAGUUCGGAAGUGAGCAUGUAGAAGCCAUCACAAGUAUCAUGACACGCUACGGCAUGUAUGCUGCUCGUCGCAAAUUCGAGUUGCUGGAGCCCUGGGUCUACUCGGUCAUCAACUACCACGAAGCUGAAGCUAUUUUGGAGCAGUGGGCGACUCUGAGAGAGGAUACCCAGGCUGUCUAUGACAAGCUUGACUCUGAAUACCAGCCUGCCUUUUUCGAGAUGCUUCUUCACCCAGUUCUUGGUGGCGAGAUAGUCAACAAGAUCCAAAUCUACGGCGCCAAGAACCAGCUUUACGCUGGGCAGAAGCGAAACUCCGCCAACGAUGUCAUCUGGAAGUCCCUAGAUCUCAUGUACAAGGAUUCCAACCUGACACAGAGAUGGAACGAGGUUCUUGAUGGCAAGUGGGCACAUAUCAUGGAUCAAACUCACUUGGGCUAUGAUGGUUACUGGCAACAGCCCAUGAGAAACACACUCCCAGAUCUUCGAUUCGUUCAAGACGUCUGGCCAUCACUCGGUGGUGAAUAUGGUGUUGGCGUUGAGGGUUCAAAUGCCACCAUCAUGGGUGACAGUCGAUGGCACUCCUUGUCCUCCAAUGUUCUCGGACUUCCUCCUCUUGAGCCUUUCGGAGCUCAGUCUCGAUACAUCGACAUCUUCCACCGAGGUCCCAAGUCAUGUAACUGGUUUGCAGCACCAUGGGAAGACUAUGUUCAGCUCUCACAGUACAACGGUACAGUCGGUGGCAACAACGGCACUGAUAGCCGCGUAUAUGUCACAAUCGACUGGGAUAAGGCUCCCAAGGCGCCCAACACAACCGAGGUUUUCAUCAACGUUACUAGUGACUGCCAGGGAUUCGAGAGAUACAGCGGUCGGGAUCCCAAGAUUAUGGCGACGGUCAUCAACCGAGAGCUACCUGACAGCUUUGAGGAGGGCUUUGUCGAAUCGGAUGGACAUGUUUCGAUCGAAGCCUCACACUACCAAAACAUUCUUGAGGGAGACUCUGAUAACUCAUCGCUCGAGUAUCACACUAUCAAAAACUACGGCCGAACUCUCGCUGGUGUUGGCUUGUAUCCUCUUGAUACUGAGAAAUUGGAUGUCGGCGAGGGGCCUGCGUUGGAGUACGAUAUGUACCUAUACACCAACCAUUCUGCGGCCAACGUCACCAUUUACAUGUCUCCCGGUGCCAACUACCUUGGAGAUCGAAACCCGCUCGAGUAUGCCAUUGUACUAUACCCAUCCAGCGAGGAGCAGCCUGAUCCAACUCUUGUCCGACCGAUCGGCCCCAAUAUGGGUGCCAACAUGCCCGAUGGAUGGGGUUACGCUGUUGGAAACGCUGUUUGGGGUCUAUAUGGUAAUUAUACUACGUCGUCAUUUGAGGUUCCUAAGGAGGGAGCCUAUACUCUUCGUAUCUGGGCCUUGCUGCCUAACAUCUUGAUUCAAAAGAUUGUGAUCGACCUUGGUGGUGUGCGACAGUCUUACCUCGGACCCCCAGAGAGCUUCCUCCUUGGCCGAGAUGAACAAGGCAAGUAUAAUGGUACUUCAUUCGCAAGCACACCAGGCAUCUUGGGAGGGACAUAUGAUAAGUCCUCGUGA